AUGAUGGACACUUUUCGUAUUUUCAAGCUCUCCAUAAAAAAGAACACGGAGACGUACCAUCAAUUUCAGCAAAAAAAUGCACACGUAUCCACACAGGAAAUCUAUCAUUUGCAGUACAGCAGGGAGAUAGAACAUGAGGAAUGGUCACAUCUAUUCAAUAAUCUGAUCAUACACAUAGAUAAUGUAAAAAUUGUAAUUCAGCAGUUCAACAAUGUCAUCCUGGUGCUCAAUAUCUUAGAUGAGAUGAGCAUAAGGAUAAGUAAAGUAGGAAAGGUUAUGGCCAUUCGAUGGUAUGUGGAGGAGAAGAUACAGAUUAAAUUCUAUACUGAGCAGGAGAGCACUCUGUUCCAUGAGAGGAUCAACGAAACGGUUGUUGGUAAUUUGAGGAACUGCAGCAAAGAAAAAGCGGAGAAGGUGAAAAAGAUAAUUGCUGAGUUCAAGAAAAUUAACAGAAACGAGGAAAGCGCAACGAACAAAUGCGAUAGUAGCUAUGAUGAUAUAAAGAGGGAAUUUAUCGAACUGGUUAAUAAGAGGCUGUGA